CUUGCUUCUGAGGCUGUCUCUGGUGUUGCGCAGGUGGACACAGCUGUGGCCGAAGAGACCAGAAGUGCUGUGCUGGCUGAGGAGAUGAAGGCCAAAGAGAAAUCUCAGACAGCCCAAGCCAUUGCAGAUGAUGCUCAGAAGGACUUGGAUGAAGCCCUCCCAGCCCUGAAUGCUGCUCUUGCCAGCCUGAAGAGCCUCAACAGAAAUGAUGUUACAGAGGUACGAGCAAUGCAGCGGCCUCCCCUUGGUGUGAAGAUGGUGAUUGAAGCUGUCUGCAUUAUGAAAGGAAUAAAGCCCAAAAAGGUGGCAGGAGAAAAGAUAGGCACCAAGGUGGAUGACUACUGGGAGCCAGGCAGGGCCCUUCUCCAGGACCCAGCACAGUUCCUGCACAUCCUGACUUCUUACGAUAAGGACAAUAUUGCAGACAGUGUGAUCAGGGCCAUCCAGCCCUACAUUGACAGUGAGGAGUUUCAGCCAGCUGCCAUUGCCAAGGUCUCCAAAGCCUGUACCUCUAUCUGCCAGUGGGUGCGUGCCAUGCACAAGUACCAUUUUGUGUCCAAGGCCGUGGAGCCCAAGCGGCAAGCCUUGCGGGUGGCAGAAGAGGACCUGCGUGUCACUCAGCAGGUCCUUGAGGAAGCUAAGAAGCGCCUGAAGGAGGCUGAAGGUGGCAUUGCCUUGCUACAAGAGAAGUAUGAGACCUGCAGAGCCAAGAAGGAGGAGCUGGAGAUGAAGUGUGAGCAGUGUCAGCAGCGACUGGGCCGUGCUGGCGUGCUCAUAAACAGCCUGUCUGAUGAGAAGGUGCGCUGGCAGGACACCGUGGAGAGCCUGGAUGACAAGAUCAACAACAUCAAUGGGGAUGUGCUGGUUGCAGCUGGCUUUGUGGCCUACCUGGGCCCUUUCACAGGGCACUAUCGUGUAGCACUGUGCCAGGAGUGGCUGACGAAGCUGUCAGAAAACAAUAUUCCUCACAGCAAGGAGCCAAACCUCAUCAGCACCCUUGGAGACCCUGUGGAAAUCCGCUCCUGGCAGAUUGCUGGUUUACCCAACGACACACUCUCUGUGGAGAAUGGGGUAAUAACCCAAUUCUCCCUGCGCUGGACUCACUACAUAGAUCCCCAAGGACAAGCAAACAAGUGGAUCAAGAAUCUGGAGAAGGUGAACAGCCUGGAAGUGGCCAAGAUGAGCGACCGGGACUUCCUCUGCAGUCUGGAAAAUGCCAUUACCUUUGGGAAGCCCUUCCUGCUGGAGAGUGUUGGCGAGGAGCUGGAUCCAGUCCUUGAGCCUGUCCUGCUCAAGGAGACCUACAAACAGCAAGGCAACACUGUGCUGAAGCUGGGGGAUUCAGUGAUCCCCUACCAUGAUGAUUUCAAGAUGUACAUCACCACAAACCUGCCCAACCCUCACUACAGCCCUGAGGUCUCCACGAAGCUCACCCUCAUCAACUUCACCCUCUCUCCCAGUGGCUUGGAAGACCAACUGCUGGGAGAAGUGGUGGCUGCAGAGCGGCCUGACUUAGAAGAAGAUAGAAACCAGCUAAUUGUUAGCAAUGCCAAGAUGCAUCAGGAGCUGAAGGAGCUAGAAGACCAGAUCCUGUAUCGGCUCAGCACUGCUGAAGGAAAUCCUGUAGAUGACUUGGAGCUCAUCAAAGUGUUGGAGGCGUCCAAGCUGAAGGCAGGAGAGAUCCAGGCUAAGGUGAUGGUGGCAGAGCAGACAGAGAAGGACAUCAACAGCACUCGCCUGGAGUAUAUGCCUGUGGCUGUCCGCUCACGGAUCCUCUACUUCUGCGUCUCAGACCUGUCCAAUGUGGACCCCAUGUACCAGUACUCACUCGAGUGGUUCCUCAACAUCUUCCAAAUGGGGAUCCGUAACUCCGAGAAAGCAGACAUGCUGAAGGACCGAGUCAUGAACAUCAACAACUACAUCACCUUCAGUCUCUACUGCAAUGUGUGCCGUAGCCUCUUUGAGAAGCACAAGCUCAUGUUUGCCUUUCUGGUUUCCAUCCGGAUUCUGAUGAAUGAUGGGCAGAUUGAUAUGGAUGAGUGGCAGUACCUGCUGUCAGGAGGAACCGUAAAGGAGAUGAGGGAGAACCCGGCUCCAGCCUGGCUGAACGAGAGAGCAUGGGGAGACAUCCUGGCCUUGAGCAGCCUGAAGAAUUUCUCUGGUUUUGCUGAUGAUUUUGCAGCCAACCUUGUAGGAUUCAGGGCCAUUUUUGACAGCCCCAAGCCUCACAGGCAACCCCUGCCUGGGAAGUGGGAAGCUGAGCUUGAUGCUUUCCAGAAGCUGCUGGUUCUGCGGUGUCUGCGGGGAGAUAAGAUCACCAACGCCAUGCAGGACUUUGUGGUGCUGAACCUGGACCAGCGCUUCAUUGAGCCACAGACCACUGACCUCUCGGUCAUCUUCAAGGAGUCCAGUGCCACCACACCCCUAGUGUUUGUGCUGUCCCCAGGCACUGACCCUGCUGCUGACCUCUACAAGUUUGCUGAAGAGAUGAACUUCUCCCAAAAGCUCUCUGCCAUUUCUCUGGGCCAAGGACAGGGCCCCCAUGCUGAAGCCAUGUUGCACAGUGCCAUGGAGCUGGGCAACUGGGUCUUCUUCCAGAACUGCCACCUGGCCCCCAGCUGGAUGUCUUCACUGGAGAGACUCAUUGAGGGCAUUGACCCCCACAAGGUACAUCCGGACUUUCGCCUCUGGCUCACUAGUCUACCGAGCAACCACUUCCCUGUGUCUAUUCUCCAGAAUGGCUCCAAGAUCACCAUCGAGCCCCCCCGUGGGGUCAAGGCCAACCUGCUCAAGUCUUACAUUAGUUUCAGUGAUGACUUCUUGAAUUCUUGUCCCAAGGUCACAGAGUUUAAAUCCUUGUUGCUGUCACUUUGCUUCUUCCAUGGGAACAUGCUGGAGAGGAGAAAGUUCGGGCCUCUGGGGUUCAACAUCCCCUAUGAGUUCACAGACGGAGACCUCCGCAUCUGCAUCAGUCAGCUGCAGAUGUUCUUGGGUGAAUACACAGACAUCCCCUACAAGGUGCUGAAGUACACGGCUGGGGAGAUCAACUAUGGCGGCCGAGUGACUGAUGACUGGGACCGGCGCUGCAUCAUGAGUAUUUUGGAAGAUUUCUACAAGCCUGAGGUUUUAAAUCCUGAGUUUGCCUACUCUGAAUCCGGCAUCUACAAGCAGAUCAGUCCCUCUUCUGACCUCGAUGGCUACCUCCAAUACAUUAAGGGCCUUCCCCUCAAUGACAGCCCAGAGCUCUUUGGUUUACAUGACAAUGCCAACAUCACCUUUGCUCAGAACGAGACCUUUGCUCUGCUGGGGGCCAUUACACAGCUGCAACCCAAGACCAUUACAGUGGGAGGCCACAGCAGGGAAGAGCUUGUGGAGCAAAUCUCCGAGGACAUUCUGGCAAAGCUGCCUGCACCCAUGAACCUGCAGGAGGUGAUCCACAAAUAUCCACUGCUCUACGAAGAGUCCAUGAACACUGUGCUGGUGCAGGAGGUGAUCAGGUACAACAGGCUCCUGGAAGUAGUUGCUAAAAGUCUGAAGGAUUUGCUGAAAGCUCUCAAGGGCCUGGUUGUGAUGUCCUCUGCGCUGGAGGUGAUGGCCAGCAGCUUGUACAACAACACUGUCCCCGAGAUGUGGAAUGCCAAGGCCUACCCGUCGCUGAAGCCCUUGGCAUCCUGGGUGAAUGACUUGGUGCAGCGGAUUGAAUUCCUGCAGAAAUGGAUCAGCCAUGGGACCCCCUCUGUGUUCUGGAUCAGUGGGUUCUUCUUUCCCCAGGCCUUCCUCACUGGGACGCUGCAGAACUUUGCCAGGAAGUCCGUCAUCUCCAUCGACACCAUCUCAUUUAGCUUCAAGGUCAUGAAGGAGUCGGUGAGGGAGCUGACGCGCCAGCCUGAUGCAGGCUGCUACAUCUACGGCUUGUUCCUGGAAGGUGCCCGCUGGGACCCUGCUGCGUGUCAGCUGGCAGAGUCGCGCCCCAAGGAGCUCUACACAGAGAUGGCUGUCAUCUGGCUGCUGCCUGUCCCCAGCCGCAAGCCUCCAACCACAGGCAUCUACCUGUGCCCCAUCUAUAAGACUCUCACUCGUGCAGGCACACUGUCAACAACAGGCCACUCCACCAACUAUGUGAUUGCCGUGGAGAUCCCUACGGACAAGCCGCAGAAGCACUGGAUCAAACGGGGCACAGCCUUGAUCUGUGCCCUGGACUUCUAG